CACAUGCUUAUAGUAGUCUGUGCUUGACUUUAUCCUCUUUAUCUCAAUGUGUGGAAUGACAGGUCAGCAAUCCCAAGAUCCUGCUGCCAUAGAUAACAACAUACAGCAACAUUGACAGCAGUAUGUCACGUCCAGAAUCAGAUUCUUCUGAUUCAUAGAAGGUGAAAAGGAGAAAAGAUAGAUUACUACCACCUGAAAGGUAUGGAUAAUGAAGAGGAAACAGGUAUCAUUUAUUUUUCAGUUAUUCAUUGUACUAGGGAACAAAAUCUUUUUUGUGGCAUGAAAUUGCACACAGCUUGUGGGAUUGGUGGGCUCUUUUCCUUGGGGCUGCUGACAGAAUCUCUGUGUGUUCUUGCUUGGCUUUUUAUGAGGCAUGCUUAUUAGUAUUUCUUUUGAUUUUUGUAUUUGUUUUAUUCAGAUUGUAAUAAAUGGGUUUUUGUGUCCUUAUCUCCCUUUAUAAUAAUAUGCAAUGGAUUUUGAGGUUUCCCUGUUGAUAUUAUCCUGUUAAGGUGUCUUUGAGGUCCAGAAUGUUUAUUAUUCAAAUUAUAGUAUUCCAAGGUUUUAGUGUGUGGAAUAAUAACCAUAUGCAUACAUUUUCUCGUGGAAGAUAGAUCAUAUUCAAGGUUUCAUCAAUCAACAAUCCUUUGAAUUAACAUGAAAAACCGAAAAAGUAAAAAAACAAAAAAAAAACUUUGUUUUCUACCCUGAGAAGUAAAUCUACAUUUACAAUGAACUAUUACUUUCCGUAAUUAAUAGAAGAGAUAUUGUCCAAACAUUUAUGCAGCAAUAUUUGAUCAAUUAAGGUUUUUGUAUAGACCAGCUCCACUACAUGUUUAGGGAAAAUGACAUUUUUUAUCAUGUAGAUAGAUAUAUGUGUAUUUCUGAUUAUUAAUUUUGUCUUGCAAAUGUUGGCAAGCUAUUUUACAAGAUCAAAAUGCAAUCACAUCAAAUGAUAUGAAACAAUUAUUAGAAUGUAACUUUCCUGACAUGAUUCAGUCUGGGAUGAAGAAUACUUUGGCACGAACAUGCCGGCCAUGAGCUCGGCAAACUUAGCAUGGAUUGACUUGUAAGGGCGCAGAUCGGGCAAUAACAAAAUUUGAUCUUCGAUGUAUUGCUGAAGAUUGAGCACGCAGUUAAGCUAAGAAGCAAGCUCAUCUGCUACACUUGCCUUGCUUAGUUGCUCCUGCGCCAAGAACAUUCUCAUGCUUCAAGAAGCUCUCCUGAUCGGGUAGGCGGUGAUGAAGGCAGAGGCUGUUUGAUGGUAUCGAAGGUAGGUUGGAUUGGGAUUCGACAAAGAUGGAGAUGGAAUCAUCAGACGAGGCGAGGUAUAAGGACAAAAUGGAGUGUUCUCUUGUGACUACGGCUACUACAAGGAGAGUCGCGGAUCUCGGGCCAAAGGUCAUCGAAAGCUUCGAAAAUGAUGGAUGUUUGAGUAAGAACUUGAAUAGCUUUCUGGAGUGGAUCAAUAAGAGCAUGGAACAAAAACCGUCAUUGUUGUAAGAACAAAGGCAUACAUUUUUAAGAUCGUCGAGGCAACGACAAACGAGGACAACUAGUUAUACUCCUGUGUAAAAUGUUAAGUGAGAAACUACUCGACAGUGAAAGAUGGAUCUUAGCCGGCCAACGGUAGAACCAAAGAUUGCUGAUAAGUAGACAGAUGACAAGAAGGCAAAAACAGCAAGGUACGAACGAUUACAGUAGGAAAAUGACGAAUCUGGCUAAAGAUGGUGACAAAACAUCGAUGUCGAGACUACCUAUAAAGUAUUCGGCAUCGACAAAAAGCUCGAAUCGGUAAGAAAAUAUUCCGGUGGAUGAAGAUGGGACGGCCUCAUGUGUUAGCCAUACCGUAUCCAGCGCAGGGACAUGUUCUUCCAUUGAUGGAGCUUGCGCAGUGUAUGGCGAAUUCCGGCAUCCGCGUCACAUUUGUGAACACAGAGUUCAACCACCGGAGGAUCGUGAAGGCGCUGCCGGAUAAUGAAAGCAUAAGUGAGUUGAUCGAGCUGGCUUCGAUCCCCGACGGGAUGGAGCUCUGGGAAGACCGGAACGAUCUAGGAAAGUUAACGGAAGCCAUGCUACGAGUCAUGCCGGAGAAACUCGAGGCUCUGGUCGAGGAAAUAAACAGCGGCGCCGAAGAAGAUAAGAUUGUGUGUGUUAUCGCAGAUUAUGGCUUAAGCUUUGCCUUUGAGGUUGCGGAGAAGUUCGGCGUCAAGAAGACAGCCUUUUUGCCGGCAUCCGUCGCGCUUUUGGCCUUGGCUCUCGAUGCGCCAAGGCUUGUCGAUGAAGGGAUCCUCGACUGCGACGGAACGCCAUUGAAGGAUGAGACGAUUCGCCUGUCGCUGGACAUGCCGGAAAUCAGAACCGUAGACUUGGCAUGGACGCGCAUCGGCGACGCCGCCGCGCAGAAGAUCUGCUUCAACUCGAUGCUGAAGUCGAUUGAAUCUGCGAAACACAUCGACCGGAUACUAUGCAACUCAUCUCGUGCGCUCGAGCCCGCCGCACUCAAAAUAGUCUCCGCAUGUUCUCCCGUCGGGCCUCUCCUUGCCAGCGCCCGUCUCGGGUGUUCGGCGGGGCAUUUCUGGCAAGAAGACGCGGCCUGCCUCGAAUGGCUUGAUGAGCAGCCGUCGAAUUCAACCGUAUACGCCGCGUUCGGGAGCUUUACCGUCUUCGAUCGGAUUCAGUUCCGAGAGCUCGCGCUAGGCCUGGAGCUCACCAACCGACCUUUCCUAUGGGUCGUCCGGAACGAUAUCAUCGACGACUCCGAUAACGCCUUCCCAGACGGGUUCCUCGACCGGGUGAAGCUGCGGGGGAAAAUCGUGAAAUGGGCGCCGCAGCAGAAGGUGUUGGGUCACACAGCGAUCGCCUGCUUUAUAAGCCAUUGCGGAUGGAACUCGACGAUGGAAGGCGUCGGGAACGGCGUACCGUUCCUCUGCUGGCCUUAUUUCGCCGAUCAGUUCCUCAACGCGACGUACAUUGCCGAUUGCUGGGGAGUCGGGUUGGCGGCGGUUAAAGAUGGGAGCGGCGGCGUUGGACGGGAGGAGAUUAAGAGGAAGAUAGAGAGACUUAUGGGUGAUGAAAGGUAUAAAGUUAGAGCUUUGGAACUACAGGCGAUGGCCGGAGAAGAUGGGACUUCUGGCAAGAACUUGGAGGAGUUUGUGGAAUGGAUCAAAGAAAUUAAGUUGUAGGAAGACGAUUAUGUGUGUUUUAAGGAUUGAUGCAAGAUUGUGGAUGCGUUUGUUUGUUUGUUUUCUUUGGCAUUGCAUUAUUGCAAUAUUUAUUCACUAUUCCUCUAAAGAUUAUGCCUUGUCUAUACGCGUAUUUUUUGAGUU